CGGGCGCUUAGUUCCGCAUACUCCCACCGCGGCGCUGCGCUCCGGGAGUGGGAUGGCGAUGUAUCUACCUUGUUAUACUGAGCUGUUAAAACGUAAUAUUAGUGGUGAAAAUUGAAAAUUUCGGGCGAUAUAUUUGGAGAAUCGGUUUUUAUUAUAGUCCCAGUGUUAUAUCGCGAGCUGAAAAUGUGUUUGGCGCGGUUUCGGAGGCUGCGAAGCUGUUUUGUAGACAUCGCCUGUUCGUCCAUUUGACUGUGUCGUUCGUUUUUCCAGGGACCGCCGGACGAGUUUUGUAGUUGUGAAAUAUUUGCGAAUUUAUUAUUAAGUGCUUAUGUAGUGGCUUAGGUAGUGAAUCAAUGUUCCGCCGGUUUCGGCACCUUAGUUUGUAAUGAUGUGUUCGGACGUCGCUCGCGUAUCGACCGACAAAGACGAAUCUUGUGGACUGCCCAUAUUGCAGAUCAGAGCGUGUGGUUUCCGACCAGCUUGAUAAGAUAAUAAAUAGCCACCGCUGAGGGCCCGAUUAGGGCGUGAGGACAUUAGCGCUUUUGUUAUGAAUAAUUUACGAAUCAUCGACAAUAACAUCCGAUUUCUGCGUAACGCGCAAAAUGUCAAUCCGAAGUCAGUCCGCUGCGAGCGGCAAAAAGAUAGCUAUCUGAAAAUUUCCGAUCACUAAUGGCGCUUGGCAGGCUAUUCAUCAUUCUCGUGAUAGUUGCGAUCGUGAUCGGCGAUCAACAUGAAGUCAAAACAGAAAAUAAAACGAAAAAGACCAUGGCGGCGGAAAAGGAAACCAGGUCCGCUAGCCCAAAAGACCGAGGUUCUUUAAAACAGAUUUCAAGUUUACUCAAAAAUAGCACAAAGCCUGGGAAGAAGAAGAAUAUAUUGCGUCAGUUAAAUAUAAAUGAUGAUAUGAUGAAUGACAACGAAGGGGUUUUGACUGUGCAUGAGAAGCCAUCGAAUGAUUCGUUAGCGCGGAAGAUAGACGCGCUCAGGCCUUCGGGUCCUAAUUACACACCUGCGUCCGUGAACACGUAUACCCCGCAAGUGGUAGGGGUGUAUUGUAACUUUGAGAACUCUUCGAAUGUGACUGAUAUGUGUAUGUGGCAAUGGAACUCCUCAGUGUCGAGACAUGGACUAGGCUUCUCUGUGGCUACGACUGCAGAUCUAGUCUUGUUGAAUAAGACGACUAGGGGACUUAAGUUUACGGGACCUCCGACAGAUGCGGAUGGGAAUGUUGAUGGUCGCUUCCUUUACCUUCCGGUGGACCCCACAAUGGAGAACAUGGUGAUACGGUCCCCAUUAUUUCGAGGACUAUGGGAGACCUGCCAGUUUGAAGCCUGGCUGCAUCAGAGCAGGAUGCAAAACGCCAGUAUACGUCUAGUCUCCGAGUCUGAAUCAGGGAUCCAGUGGAUCCUGACUGAAGUCACCGGGAAUAACUAUGAAGAAUGGCGCUACUUCAAAGUGAAAAUCGCCAAAAUCCAGCAAGAGGUCAACAUCAUGGUGGAAAUCACUCGGCCUUCCUUCGUCAGCCUGACCAGUCCACUACCUCACAUCGCCAUAGACAAUAUAAGGAUGGUGGACUGUGUUCCUGAACCACCCAUUUAUAAUGGCCAGUGCAAGCCUCCACAGCAUAAGUGCGAAAUCAUGGGUAAGGAGUCAUGUAUCAAGCUACAGCAGGUGUGUGAUUUGGUGAAGGAUUGCGAUAUCGGCAGCGAUGAAAAUCAAAACUGCGAUAAAAUGCCCUAUGGAUCCUACUGCGACUUCGAGCAAGACUUUUGCGGUUUUGAAAAUAUACCUCAACCAAUCCUAAAAUGGGUCCGUCACAGCGGUCCCACACCAACGGACAAGACUGGCCCAAACCACGACCACACCUGCGGACCACGAAACCCACUCACCAAUAAAAGUGGUCCACCGCUCUUCCCAGCCCACAUGAACUACACCCUAACCCACUGUGUGGGGUAUUACCUGUUUGUGAACAUGAAUGUGACUGGGCCGAAUCAGGAGAAGGCGGAUUUCGCGUCGACGGCUGUGAUGAAGACGGUGGUGUUUAACCCGCCACCAAGGCUGCAUGGGCAACCGUCGUCGAGAUAUUAUAAUUGUUGUAUGAUCCGUUUCUACUACCAACAAAACGGCCGCAACACCGGCUCUCUAAGCGUGAACGUCGUAGAACUGUCCACUCGCGGCAACAUCUCGCAUCAAGUCUGGUUCUCGCACAGGGACAAGGGCGAGAACUGGCUACGAGCCAUCAUAUUCCUGCCUAAUAUUACUAGACGCUACUUCCUCGAAUUCAAAACUCGGAGGGGAAUGCGGAUCUACUCUGACGCCGCGAUCGACGACUUUUCUAUGGCGCCCGAGUGUUUCGGGCUCAAUAUAGACCCCGACGAGUUGGGUGAUUACAAUUAUUACGAUCCUGUGUUUGAAGAGAAGACGACGCCGCAUCAUGCUUUCGCUGAUAAAACCUUCUACCGGUUCACAACCUGUGGUGCCACGGGCCGCUUCGGGCCCAACCAGACGAUGUGCGACGCGGCGUACAACCAGACCGGCGUGUCUGUCACCGUCAACAGCGGCGUGCAAGUGUGGCACGUGCCUCAUGAGGGGCUAUACACGAUAAUAGCAUUAGGCGCUAGCGGCGGCCUCGGUGGGAGUUGGGUAGGCGUAGCCCAUGGAGCAUCCGCUAGAGCUCUCUUUGAACUGCAUAAAGGGGAGAAAAUACAUAUGCUGAUGGGACAGCAAGGACUCAACGCUUGUAAGAAGGGUCUAUCCGCCCAAGAAACGCAAGAGUGCAACAAGCGGAACGACUCAGCGGUCAUCUUCACGAGCAAAACGCACGAGGUCCGCAACACGCACGUCCAAGAUGGCGGCGGUGGCGGCGGCGGCGCCACCUAUGUCUUCCUUAUCGACAAAGAAGGCCAAGAAUUCCCCCUCCUAGUAGCGGGCGGUGGUGGGGGCAUUUCCCUCGGCACCUUCCACGACGAUGGAUCGCAGCACGCGCGCCCUGCUACCAACGCUACUCCCGAGUCUGGCUACAUGUACGGCCAGCCUGGACAAACUCCUGGUGCCGGCGGUGGAUGGGUAGCGGGCGCGAAGCCCAUCACUCCAGGCUUCGAGCUAGUUCGAGGAGGCGCGCUAAAGGAUGGCGCCGUCGGCGGGCUGGCGUGCGUGGGGCGCGCGCACGGCGGCUUCGGCGGCGGCGGCGGCGGCUGCCGGCGCGGCGGCGGCGGCGGAGGAUGGAUAGGUGGCAACACAAACGAGGGGCACGGGCAUCACAGCGAAGGUGGAUGGUCGUAUGUGGACACGGCGCGGGCGAUCAGAGACUACAGUGAAGUUACUGUAGGACAGAGGAGCAGUCCGGGAGAAGUGCUGAUCAUACCGGCUAUCCAUGACUGCGGCUGCGCCUACCGCUGUGUAGCUCUAAAUGAGCACCGAAGUGAAGUUCGCUGCUAUUGCCCUUCCACCUGGGCCACUGAUGCCAACGACCCCACCAAGUGCAUACUGGAAGAGUCUUGGACGAACAUGUCCAACUUGUUGGUGUGGGUGCUCGGGGUAUUUUGCUUCAUCUUCGCGCUGAUCUUCGUUAUUGGAUGUCUGUACAUGUAUAACAUUUACCAGCGUCGGAAAGAAUCAGAACUCCGUCAAAAGCACCUUCUAGAACAGGAGGUCCAGUUACACCGACUGAGGAACGCGCCUGGAGGCACUGAGAACCCUCUGAGCAUGGCUUUCAACCCUCACUAUGGCAGCGAGAAUAUUCUACCACAAGGAAUCGAUGUGAGGGGUCUACCACAGGUUUCGAGAGAAGCCUUGAAGUUAGUCAAGGCCCUCGGGCAAGGCGCUUUCGGCGAGGUCUACCAAGGUCUCUACCGCCACGGGGCCAACAACCAGGAGCUCCCAGUGGCAGUCAAGACCCUUCCAGAAUUAUCCACAGGGCAGGCAGAAAGCGACUUCUUAAUGGAGGCUGCUAUUAUGGCAAAGUUCAGACAUGCGAACGUGGUGCAUCUGAUUGGAGUGUGCUUCGAUAGUCAUCCCAGAUUCAUAGUGCUCGAGCUCCUCGCAGGAGGCGAUCUCAAGAAUUUCCUCCGAGAGUCCCGCCCAAGGCCGGAGCGGGCCAGCGUACUCACUAUGAAGGACUUGCUGCUAUGUUCCAUUGAUGUAUGCAAGGGCUGCAAGUAUCUGGAGUCCAACCGAUUUAUACACAGGGACAUCGCAGCAAGAAACUGUCUACUCUCCUCCCGCGGGCCAGGCCGCGUAGUCAAAAUCGCUGACUUCGGCAUGGCGAGGGACAUAUACCGAGCUGACUACUACAAGAAGGGAGGGAAGGCAAUGUUGCCUAUUAAGUGGAUGCCGCCUGAGGCGUACAUUGACGGGGUGUUUACUAUUAAGACUGAUGUCUGGUCAUUUGGAGUACUUCUAUGGGAGGUGUUCUCAUUAGGCGUGAUGCCUUACACGGGCUGCGCUAACAGGGAGGUCAUGGAAAUGGUCUCCAGCGGAGGAAGACUUGAGAAACCUUACGGCUGCCCUCAAGAAAUCUACAGACUGAUGUGCGACUGUUGGAACCCCACGCCCUCGGAGCGACCAUCAUUUGCCAACAUGCUCAUUCAGUUGGAGUGUUUCUUGAAGGACCCAGAAAUCGUGAGCGCCCCUCUCCCAGUAGUGAGAUCCCUGCUGCCUCCAACAGAGGUUCAGCUCAACAACGGCCCGCAGCGCGCCCCGCCCUCGUGCGACUACCUCGAGCCCACGCCGCGCGCCCCGCCGACGACCUCUAGCUCAACGGAUCAGCUGCUGCCUCAUAGCAAAUCGCCAACGGCGACGCCGGACCUUCCAGGAAUCGAGGAUUCACAAUAUCCACCUCUACUGAAAGCAUCACAAGGAUAUGGCAACAUUCCAAUGGCGUCGCGGCGCGACAGCGGCGGCGCAAGGCGCGAGGCUGCUACUCCCGCCGCCGAGACCAACACCACAACAAAGUUUCUGCCGUCUAACUCCACUGACAGAUUACUAAGUUCAGUGGACGGCGGAUCGGUAGACUCAGACUCGGCGUCAGAAGACGGGCCCGCUGUGUGGGAGACUUCCUUUUCUGAGCGGCCCGAGCGGCCAGUGGAUCCGGGGCCGGCGGUGGACAAAUUAAUCAGCAUAACACCGACAUCACCAAAGCCCCCGGAGAACGCCCUCUCCAAAGCGAUAGACUCCUCCGUCCCCGUCAUGGACAAAACCAACCACAAGAACAGCCUCAUGCCAGAGCGGAAGACCGCGCCCAUCGCCUCCCCCGACCCCCCGCGGAUCAACGCCUGGGCCAAGGAACCCCCCAAACUCAAGCCCAAACCCCUCUGCCUAGACGCAGCACAACUAGAACAAAACCUCAACGCGCUAAAAAAGAAUUCAGGCUCUGUCAACUUAACAACCAUGAACAUCCUCCCACCUCCAUACUUCAACGUAGUCACCCCGAACAAGAUAUCUGACGCUAAAACUAUACAAAUCGACCCUAAGAAAGCUGUCAUACAGGAUUUAAAUAGUCCCAGAGAAGAGCCUAAAGAAGAGAAGACUAAGUUAAAACAGUCAAAUUCAGCAGCUAGUUUACUAAACGGUCCUAUGACGGACGUUCCGUACGCGGACAGUGAUAAUGCUUCGUCAAGUUCUGGCAGUAACGGACAGAAUCUGAUUAAUAAUCAGAAGAAUAAGAAUUACUCUGACGUCAUCGUUGGGGAGAGGAAAAUUAUAAAACAGGGUAGCAAUGGGGUCGCCGAGUCUGAGAUUAGUUGUUAAAGUGUAGUGUGGAGAAGCGAAACUGAUAGCUUUAAUGGGAAUCAUUACAUUUUUGUAAGUCACUUCAUCACUUCUUUCAAGAAUUCUACUUUACUUAUUAUUUGAGUGAUGAUUUUUUUUAACUCUCUGGUGAGAUGUUAAUGAAAUUAGCCUCGAAUUUUCGUUUCGGUAAACUUUUAUAAUUUGGGUCAACAGGUAAUUUAAUCGAAAACAUACAUGCCAUAGUAAGUAUGUACUCUUAAAAACUGAAAUUAUAAUUUGCAUGGAUUUUAACCAUUUACCUUAUACGUAUUGUAUACGAUAUGGUACGAAGUACCUUCUCUCCCACUGUUAUUCCUAGGUGCUUUGCUGAGUUUUAGUUAAAUAUUAUAGCAAAUACCAAGAGUUGACCGAAGUGUGUGGUAUUCAGUUUCGCUUCUAUACGCGUCUAGUGGAAUAUACGCCAUUGGUUGUGUGGAGUGAUGCGGCGUUGCCGUAACAGACUUUAAAAUGCUUUAGACUUAAAAAAAACUAUAGAAAUAAACUAAAUAAGUCAUCUAAGUUGUAAAUAUAAAAACUUUUACAUCUAAAUUAAGAUUAAUAUUAGCUAGUUUAAGGAUUAUUUCGAAAAUGUAUUUUUGUCGAUAUGUACAAAUUUGUUUUGUAAUAAAUGUAUUUCUUUGACAAUUAUAAUGGCUUCCUGAUCGCUUAUAGAUGAAUAGUUUAUUGCUCAAGUUGCUCAAUAUUUUGCCGGUUGUAGGCCAAAUAAUAUAAAAUGUUAGGUUUUCUACGUAGGUAGCUCCAAGAUAUGUUAAAAAGGAAUUUUAUACUGAAAAAUUGUUUUUACAUAGUCGUUGCUUGGUAGCUGUGUUUUUUUCUAUGAGAAUUGUAAAAUUUAUAUUGAUAAUAUUUGUAUUUUAUAUUGAGUUAAAGCUUGCAUAAUAGUUUGCUUGUCCAAUGAAGCAGUUUUUAGCUAUUUACGUCCUAAACAAUAUUAGAAAAAUUUACUAAAAAUCAGUUAGAAUGUUGUAAACCCAACUAAUCAAUUUAUUUAUUUCCUAAUAGUAAAACCAAAAGCUUAAAUUUGCAUGAUCUUUAUAAAGAUAUCUACAAUUAUUGUAACGGUUACGUUAUUAAAAUAAACUCUUAAAAUAAGUUUCGCAGAAACGUAAUAAUACAUAUUUCGGAAAUCAAACGCACAUUUGCACUAAUAAUAAAAUAGUUAGAAUAUUUUGAAAUAUAAUUAAGAUCAUAGAAAUCUUUCUACAACUAUCAGUUUCGUAGAUUCGCGAUUUUUUUUUCAGACAUUGCUAAUAUAUACUAAUUCGUUUUUUAUAAAAAUUAAAAUAAAUUAAAAUUGUAAUAUAUCGUCACUACUUUUAAAAAAUCUCGUAUUUCACGCUGUUCCUCAAAGUUAAAACGCAGUAAGUCUAUAUGCAUUCCAUACAUACUUACUACAAUUUUCUUUUCAUUGACAGACGAAGAUACAAGUUUUUUUUAAAGUAGUGACGAUAUCAAUGUUGACUGGAAACGAAAACUUAAGAAGGUUGCCUAAUAGAUCGUUGUGUUUUUAUUUUUGUUCGCAAUCUUAGUUGAAUGAUUUAUACAAUUGGGGAUAUACCUACAAGGAUUAAAGAAACAAUUGAACUGAGUUUUUGUUAAGUAAAUACAAUUAUUCUUUUAGCAAUUUCAAUGCAUUUUCUGUCAAAUCUCUAUGAAAUGAAAAUUUUCAAUUCAAUUGAAUUAAUCAUUUCGUUCUGAAUAAAAUGAAGCAAUAUUAUUAUUCAAAAUACCUAACUACCUUUUCUAUUCGAUACUGAACAAGAAAAAAAGAAAUAUUUAUAUUUUUACUAUUCUUUCCUAUAAUUUGUUGAAAAAGCCACAAAAACAGAUAUUUGGAGAAAUGUUAAAAUAAACGCAACCACUAUUAUAAUUCUAGAACAAUUAGUAUAAACGUAGUAAUGCUUAAAAUGUUUGUAAAUAAUAUAAAAAGUAGACAUUUAUUACAUAAAUUCCGACCUUAUAUAUUCAUAUAAUUAUAAAAACGUUAUAAUUAAUGUAGAUAUAUAGAAUAACGCAUCUGUUUUUGUUGUAAUAGUUUUAAUUCCGUUAAGAAUGGGUGUAUGCUAUCUAUAUAUAAUAUAUACAAAUAUAUUUUAAAGAAUCACCCACGAUAUGUUAGGGAUAGGUCACAUGACAAAAAAAUGAAUGUUGUUUCAUUAGAAAACAAUAUAGGAUAUCUAUUUAUAUGGAAUAUAAACGUGUGUAAAAUUUAAGAGAAUGCUUUAAUUAAAAUAAGAAUAGAGUAAGAUAUAGCAAGAAAUUGUUUUUUAAAGUUGUUUUUAAUCAGAGUAGUGCCAAUUUUGAUUGUUUAACUGCCUUUCGUUUUGCAUUUAGGAUAUUGUUUUUAUUAUUGAGGCAUGAAAUGACAGGGUAUCAUGGUACGAUUUGUUUUUUUCGUUUCUCGUCUCUUUGUCCAUGUUUCGCCCUAAAGCCCCAUGAAUAACGGCGUUGUUUUGAGCAGCCGUUCCUGAACGAAUUUUAUGCGAGUUUGUUAAGGCAAUGUUCCCUGAAUAAUUUUUGGAACAACGAUUGUAUAUCGUUGGCGGACUCCUAUUUUAUAUUUCUUCGUAGGAUUAAGUAAUUAUGGUUCUAAAUGGAGUCGAUUGUAAAAAGUGCAGAAAUACUUCAGGGAGCAUGUUUAUAUGGAAUAUUUGUAAAGUCCUCGGGCUUAACGUAACAUAGUUUCGAUGGUUUUUGACGGUACGAAUGAAAAUUAAUGUAACUUUUCAUAUGAAAACCUAUGAAUAUCCCGGAACAAUUGAAACUAAAAAUAAAGUUUCGUUCGACGAAUAACGUUUUACUGUCACUUCUGUAACGUUGCUCAAUUUAGAAUUAUUCUUUUUGAAUUAGAUAAACUUUCAAAAAAAAAUAUUUUGACAAAAAAAAAGUUUAAAUGUGGUUGUGAAGUAUGUAUAGUGACGGAAAACAUCCUAAUAAGUUCCUUCGACUUGAAGCGAGUGACUCUGAAAUGUUAUUCUUCUGCAUCAUUUCUUUUGAACAAAAUGACAGUAUCUUUUUCAUUUCUCGUGAACGAAAUGAUUGUAUUAUUUCUUGUGAACGGAAUGAUAGUAUUCAUACUGUUUUGAACAACGAAGUCGCAUAUUGUCAGCCAAUUCUAACGUUUUAUUUUUGAGAGUCCCAAGUUGGAUAUCACGCAAUCGUGUUAAGAUACAUAUAUAAAUAUGCUAAAUAGAAAGCACUUAUGUCUACUUGUGAAAAUAUGGAUGACACAAUGAAUACAAGUUGCAUGUAAAUUUAUAAAAUACAAAACAAAAGUGUAAUUGAUAUUCAAAGAUAAAAUCAUUAAUAAU